AGGAGCCCUGCCCAGGGGCAGUGCUGGCUCCUGCCUCUGCCCCAGGCAGUCCCACCUGCAGGGCCUCCAUCCUGAGACAAGCUCAGGUGGCUGAAACACCAGAAGCCCCUGGCAAAGACCACGAGAGCCAAGGGAAUGGAGGAGGCCCAAGCGGAGCUGCAGACCGCCAGCCCACCACCCAGGCUGAGGACCCGGCCCCCUCCAGCUGCCGCCCUGGGCUCUCGCUUCGUGCCCGUGGUUGCCCACGCCGGGGGCCGUCCCCUCAGCUCCUUCCACUUCGUGUUCCACCAGCCUGGGUGGCCCAACUCGCUGGCCCCGUUCCGCACGGCGCAGAAACCCUCCUGCGGCCCCCACUGCCCACCGGGCACCAUCCACGGCCGGCAGCGCCUGGACGUGCCCAGCGCCGACCCCGGGCAGUGGAGAUCCUUCCACGGGCCCAGGCCGGGGGCAGCCCAGAACCAGCAAUAAACUGAGUGAGCCAGCAGCUGUGUGAGCAGCGAGACAG